AAACGGCAUUACGAGGUUUGCUGCUUUACAAUCAUCUUCAGGGUUCGACGUUCGUCCCGCUCCAUUCAGCACCUUCUAGCGGUCCCCCACCUGCUCUAGAAUCCACUCUAGGGCUUUCGACUCUCCUCCCCUCAUCCCGCUAUGAACUUCUUCAAAACAAAACAGCGUACACCUCCAGACCUCGUAAGAGGUAUCCGCGAUGCAAUACCACGACUGGAAUCAGGCGCACCUGGGUCGGAGACUCGAAGAAGGGCGAAUGAGGAAUGUUCGAAGAAUUUACAGCAGAUCAAGGCUUUACUUUAUGGCGACGGCGAUCCUCUCCCCGAGGUAGUAGCCCAGCUGGCACAGGAAACUUACAACACUGAUCUGUUACAUUACCUGGUCCAAAAUAUCGCCCGAUUCGAGUUCGAGUCGCGCAAAGACGUUGUGCAAAUCUUCAACAACCUUCUGCGAAGGCAGAUUGGGACUAGAUGGCCCACAGUCGAGUAUCUAUCAGGAAAGCCUGAGGUUAUCUUUUCCACCUUAGCUGGUUACGAGAACGAAGAGAUUGCAUUAAAUACAGGCAUGAUUCUGAAGGAGAUGUUGAGGCAUGAGCAGCUGGCGAAGACCCUUUUGCAUUCCGACAAAUUUUACAAUUUCCCUCAUUACAUCGAAACGACGACGUUCGGAAUAUCUUGUGACGCUUUUGUGAACCUCAAAGAGACUUUAACACGGCAUAAGCCCAUGGUCGCUGACUACCUAGAUAAGAAUUACGACCGGUUCUUCUCGUCGUAUACCACUCUGAUACUUUCGGAGAACUACGUCACCAAACGCCAAUCCCUCAAACUGUUGGGCGAGAUAUUACUUGAUCGGGCAAACUUUAAUGUCAUGACACGUUACAUUUCGAACGAAGCCAAUCUGAAGAUGAUGAUGAAUCUCCUGCGGGACAAGAGUAAAAAUAUUCAGUUCGAAGCUUUUCAUGUGUUCAAGGUCUUUGUUGCAAAUCCCAAAAAACCUGUACAGAUCGAAAAUAUCCUGAGACGAAAUAAAGAUAAACUGCUUGUGUUUUUAAAGAAUUUCCACAAUGACAAAGAAGACGAGCAAUUCAGUGAUGAGAAGCAGUUCCUCAUCGUUCAAAUCCAGGGACUUUGAUUGAUAACCUGAACAGCAUUCUUUUUUUUCGUUAGUCUGCAUCUUCUAUCAUCGCCUUGCAUACUUCAAUACCCUAGAUCACUCUUUAGUUCUACUCUGGCUGCCUUAUACCUUGACUUCAGAGUAUCUAUCAUCUUCACUUCUCAAAUAUAAUACCCUCUUUUCGCCAAACAUGGUUGUAUUUUGAUAUAUUCGUAGUCGCUUUCGCCUUUGAUACAUUUUUUGUUCAUCUUUUCAUACUUACUGCUGGUUUUCUCUGGUUUUUUCUUCACCCUUCGCAUGUUCAUCUACGUUCAUUCGUCUUUUUCAGUCCUUUGUACUGCAUGUUGU